ACUUGUGGGUGUUUAGAAGCGCUCCAUUCGCAGUCCCCAGGGUUACGGUCAAGGUCAUCAAUAAACAUGGAACUUAUAUUGUUGCUGGCCCUGGUGGGUCUAUUUUACUACGUCUACAAAUGGACAACGGUGCGGCAUGAUGAGUUUAUAGUGCGUGGUUUGCCUUUUGAAAAACCUUUGCCCAUUUUCGGCAAUAAUGCAGCCGUUGUGAUGAGCAAGGCCUCAUUUCAGAAACUCCUCGCCGAGUUCUAUGCACGUACCCGACAACACAAGCUGGUGGGCUUUUUCAACUUUCGUACGCCUAUGAUACAAGUGAACGACCCUGAGAUCAUUAAGAAGAUCACUGUCAAGGACUUUGACUACUUUCCCAACCAUCAACUCUUCUUUACCACCGAGGAGCGAUUGGUCAACGAUAUGUUGAGUGUAAUGAAGGAUCAGCGCUGGAAGCAUAUGCGCAAUACUCUAACACCGGUCUUUACAUCAGCUAAGAUGCGUAGCAUGUUUGGCCUGAUGAACGAAAGCUUCGCCGAAUGCAUGGAUCAUUUGGAUCAGAUGUCCAAGACAGCUGUCAAGCCCGGUGAGGGCUUCGAGUUAGAAUUGAAGGAGGUGUGCAAUAGGUUGUCCAACGAUUUGAUUGCAACCACAGCCUUUGGUCUAAAGGUUAGCUCCUACAAGACGCCAGAUAAUGAUUUCUAUGAAAUUGGCAAAUCAGUGGCGUUCUUCCGCGGCAAGGCCCUGUACAAAUUUAUGUUGUCCACAACUUUGCCUGCUGUCUUCAAGCUUCUCGGGUUCAAGAUCUUUGACUCGCAGAAAACCGAAUUCUUCAUACGUCUCGUUGUCGAUGCCAUGAAGUAUCGUGAGGAGAAUAAUAUCGUGCGACCCGAUAUGAUUCAGCUGCUCAUGGAAGCCAAGAAGGAGUCCACGCAACAAUGGAGCGAUGACGAGCUGGUGGCACAGUGUUUCAUCUUCUUCUUCGCGGCAUUCGAAAAUAACGCCAGCUUAAUAUGUACCACCGCGUACGAGCUACUUAAUAAUCCAGAUAUUCAGCAACGCCUCUACGAGGAGGUAAAGGAAACACAUGAUGAGCUGAAGGGCCAGAUGCUCAACUAUGAUGCGGUCACUAAGAUGAAAUAUAUGGACAUGGUUGUAUCCGAAUCUUUGCGCAAGUGGACACUGGCCGCUUCUACGGAUCGCCAAUGUGCGAAGGACUAUACACUGUAUGAUGACGAUGGCUCGAAGCUAUUCGAGUUUAAGGCGGGUGAUCGCAUCAAUAUACCCAUUGUGGGUCUGCAUUUGGACGACAAAUUCUUCCCCGAACCGCACAAGUUUAUACCGGAACGCUUCAGCGAUGAGAACAAGGAUCAGUUAGUGCCGUACACAUACUUGCCUUUCGGCGUGGGCCCACGUAAUUGCAUAGGUAAUCGCUAUGCUCUGAUGCAGGCCAAGGCCAUGUUAUACAACCUCGUGCUCAAGUAUAAGAUCGAACGCUCGCCCAAGACUGUCAAAGAUCUGUUGAGCGAUUCACGUGGCUUCCAGCUGACACCACAAAGCGGCUAUUGGGUGCAUUUGGUGCCACGAAAAUAAAGCGAUUGAAACACAUAAUGUAAUUCGUUGAUUUUACGUUAAAAUACACAUAUGCAUAUUGUAUAUAUAUUUAUAUUGUUAUUUUUGAUUAUGUUUCCAUAUACACUGACUUUAAUACUAACGAUAGACUUAAGAUAUAGUUGGUAAUACUUAAGACUCAUCAUAUGUAUGCGUUCCAUUUAUAGGUCUGGCAUAACUUUCAAAUUCUUUCACGUUUUAU